CCUCCACGGAUUUUUGGUCCACGCCGUCCGGCUCCUGUACGGGGAGUCGUCAGAACCGCCCGUCCUGGCUAGCCGCCUAGAGAUCCGCCGGUCCUAUUUGGCCGGUUCGCACCCAAUCCUUAGUUUCGACGCAUCGGAUAACGCAGCUCAAUACCGCGAUACCCUCAUGGCUCAGAACAUCGCUUCACGCCCCAAGAAGGGCGUCUUUGACUUUCUCGAGUCUAGAUGGGCAAAGUUUUUUUUCGCCAUUGUCGCUCUACAGGCUAUUAUUGGUGUGACGUUCGAAUCAUAUAUCUUCGGCAGAUUUCAGGACAGCCUUGAGGACUACACGACUGGCGAAAAUGAGGAACGCGAUGCGCAGUACAUGACGAUACCGACGUUCUUGGCCUUGUUCAUCUUCGGUUUCCUCUACGUCCUGUUUCUCACGUGGGAUGCCUUGCGCUGGAAGAACACCAUUCAGAUCAUUGGGCUAUGCAUCGCCAACCUCGCGCUCUUUGUCUAUACGAUUCUUCAGAUCGAUCAAAUUGAUAGAUCGAUUAGUAAGCUCCAAUUGGCCGGUAUUUUUCGGCCUCUUGAAGUCCAUGAAGCGGUAUGGCACGCCUGCGCGCCCUUCCUUUAUACCAUCCCCCCUGUCAUUGGCGUCGCCACUGUUGCUAUGAGCGCGUGCGCCUGGCAACUUUAUCAGGAGUUUGCGUGGGAUAUCUUGAAGCAGAUUGGUGCCGAUUAUCGCAUGAAGAAGCGAUUUCUUCACUAUCAGAUUUUUAUCGCAUUGCUCAAGUUUGAUUUCUUCUUCUUCCUGGGCUUCACAAUUCAGUUCCUGGUUGUUGUAACCGGCAAGACAAGCAUCGAACUCGGCCUUACCGCUGCCGCGAUUCCCGUCACCAUUAUCAUCCUGCUUUGCGCCGCCUUCUUCACGCAGCGCGAAAACCGCGUUGGAAUGUACGCAGUUAUUCUGCUCUUCUUUGGUGGUCUUGCCUAUUUCUUGUUCAAGCUUGUCCGCAUUUACUCGAAAAGUCAUGGCUGGCAUUACACGCCCGUUAAGCGCUCCCUUACCGCGUUCGCUGUUAUGACCAUCCUCCUGAUUCUCAUCACCAUCGCCAACGCGUUCAUCUGCACGAGCAACUUUGGCAAUGGACUCAAGACGCACUUGGUCAAGCCCCAGGGUAGGGACCCGGAAAAGGAUGACAUAAACUCAUUCCAGAUGACGGAUCAGAAACCCAAACUGACGACCCGGAUGACAAUCGACUGAGUGGGGGAGGCGGAAAUAGAGGAUAAAGAACGAGACGAGCAAGACGCGACAAAGGAAGCAUAAAAGUUGGUUGUGGACUUUUUUGAAGAUCUUUUGGAUGCGUUUCGCGAGCGGCGAAAGAGUUUCCGUCAGAGCAGGAUUAUCUGACAUGACCAUUGCCAAUUGAUGACAUUUACGACCAAAUUAAAGGAGGGGAAGGUGUGAAGGAACACC